AUGGUCCUGCUAUUCCUGGAGAGGCUCCCUCCUGCAUCAGAGGACCUUGUGUCAGAGUUCCUCACUGUCGCCGAUCGUAUCUGCACGCUGUUUCAAAGCAUCACUGCCAGAUUCCGCAACAUCAUUAAUGAGGACCUGGAGAAAUGUACAGACUCUGACAGUAAGCAGUACUGGGCUUACACCUUCUACUGGGAGUACAUGAAGAGGUACCCAUCAUCCCAGUGCCUGGGGAUUGAAGCCUUCACAUGUGAUGAGGAGAGAUGUUUAGUGGUGGCCAACUUGUUUGCAAAGAAAAUGUACCCCAAGAUGUUCCUCUCAGCAGAAGACUUCGACACGGCUGAAGAUUCAGGGAGCAAUGGAUCUGUGGACAUGAACCUGGCAAUCUCCCACGAAUUUGUCCCUAACCCUGUCAAGGUGUUGGAGGUGCUUCGACCCCUGUCACUGCCAGACAUCAAAGAGCCCUUGACCACUAUCCAUGACAAAGUGGUGGACAACACAACAACAACCCUGGUUGCUGCCCCAGUUAAGGUGGACAACAUCACAACACCCCUGGCCCUGACCAUUAACUUAGUCAACCUCAAGGUUACGGAUGAACCAGUUGACCUCCAGUCAGGGGAUGUUGUGGUCAAACACCCAGCACCCUGCAUUCCAACCGCAGGCUUUGCCACGGCACCAUGCAUACUACCCCCAGGCUUUGCCCCGGCACCCUGCACCCCACCACCAGGCUUUGCCCCAGCACCCUGCAUUCCACCCCCAGGCUUUGCCCCGGCACCCUGCACCCCACCACCAGGCUUUUCCCCAGCACCCUGCCCCCCACCACCAGGCUUUGCCCCAGCACCCUGCAUUCCACCCCCAGGCUUUGCCCCGGCACCCUGCACCCCACCACCAGGCUUUGCCCCAGCACCCUGCAUUCCACCCCCAGGCUUUGCCUCGGCAUCCUGCACCCCACCACCAGGCUUUGCUCUUGCAUCCUUCCCCCCACCACCAGUCCCUCCCCCGUCCAUCCUGAGACACAUUGUCCUCCGGUUCUUGGAGAAGUCAGGCUGUGCUCCGGCACACUGCACCCCACCACCAGGCUUUGCCCCGGCACCCUGCACCCCACCACCAGGCUUUGCCCCAGCACCCUGCAUUCCACCCCCAGGCUUUGCCUCGGCAUCCUGCACCCCACGACCAGGCUUUGCCCCGGCACCCUGCACCCCACCACCAGGCUUUGCCCCAGCACCCUGCAUUCCACCCCCAGGCUUUGCCCCGGCACCCUGCACCCCACCACCAGGCUUUGCCCCAGCACCCUGCAUUCCACCCCCAGGCUUUGCCACGGCACCCUGCACCCCACCACCAGGCUUUGCCCCAGCACCCUGCAUUCCACCCCCAGGCUUUGCCUCGGCAUCCUGCACCCCACCACCAGGCUUUUCCCCAGCAACCUGCACUCCGUCGCCAUGCUUUGCAGCUAAUGCCAUGCCAGGCUUUGGCACGAAAGUCAUCCUGAAAGAAAUGGUCCUGCUAUUCCUGGAGAGGCUCCCUCCUGCAUCAGAGGACCUUGUGUCAGAGUGCCUCACUGUCGCCGAUCGUAUCUGCACGCUGUUUCAAAGCAUCACCGCCAGAUUCCGCAACAUCAUUAAUGAGGACCUGGAGAAAUGUACCGACUCUGACAGUAAGCAGUACUGGGCUUACACCUUCUACUGGGAGUACAUGAAGAGGUACCCAUCAUCCCAGUGCCUGGGGAUUGAAGCCUUCACAUGUGAUGAGGAGAGAUGUUUAGUGGUGGCCAACUUGUUUGCAAAGAAAAUGUACCCCAAGAUGUUCCUCUCAGCAGAAGACUUCGACACGGCUGAAGAUUCAGGGAGCAAUGGAUCUGUGGACAUGAACCUGGCAAUCUCCGACGAAUUUGUCCCUAACCCUGUCAAGGUGUUGGAGUGGCUUCGACCCCUGUCACUGCCAGACAUCAAAGAGCCCUUGACCACUAUCCAUGACAAAGUGGUGGACAACACAACAACAACCCUGGUUGCUGCCCCAGUUAAGGUGGACAACAUCACAACACCCCUGGCCCUGACCAUUAACUUAGUCAACCUCAAGGUUACGGAUGAACCAGUUGACCUCCCGUCAGAAGAUGUUGUGGUCAUCAAACCAAAGAAAAGCAGAGUCAUGAGAUUCUUCCGUCGACUUUUCUGCUGCAUGUCCAAAGAUGAUUUCAAGGUGUGAACCUGACCAGCUUUUCAGCUGAUGACUUCAGAUCACACACACCCAUUUACAUUACAUUUACAUUUUAUCCAGAGCGACUUACAGUUAGUGCAUACAUUUUCAUACUGGCCCCCCUGGC